AUGUUGUUAUUGUUGAACGUUGAGAAUCUUUACCGAACUUUGAGAAACAUUUUUGAAUCUGCUAUGCUAGAAGUUAUAACAAUUGCCAUCUUCUUACACCUUCCAACAAGAAAUAUUAGUCACAUGAGAUGCUUACGAGUUAAGGUCGAAUGGGAAAAUAAACAUCGCACCGAACAGGCUUUCAUUCAAAUUACGUACACACGAAAAUUGCAGAUCAGAGAUUUGAAUUGUGAGGUAGACAACAAAAUUAAUGUGAUUAAAAUAAGAUAUGAAAAGAAGCGCCAAGCGCUCUGCAAUAUCAAAGGCAUCGACAUGAAAUUUUAA